GAGCUUGCUUUUCGCCGGUCAGUAGUGUGAUCAGCGCCCGUGCACGUCACUUCGUAGCAAGCAGAGAGGAACGGAUCUCGCACAUACAACAAGGUUUAUAAAUAAGUAUAAACAGGCGAAACGAAGACAGAAACCGAAGAUGAGUACCAAGGAAAGCCACGAAGUCGUGAUCGAGAAGAUCGACAACGAUAAGGACGCCAAGUGCGAAAUUAAGGGAACCAAACGCUCGGCCGAGGACAAAGUGGAAGAUGUGAAAAAGGCGAGGAAAGAGGAAAAUGGCGCCACCUCCGAGGGUGAGGACCUAGAGGAGGAAGAGGUGGAAGGUGCCGACUGCGAAGAAGAGGAUGAGGAUGAAGACAUCCCGGAGGGUGAUGAGGAGGAGCUCGAUGGUGAAGAAGACGAUGAGGAGGAUGUGGAGGGCGAGGAGGAAGAAGAUGCAUAAUAGAUUAGAUAGGGUGGUGAAAGUGUUGUAAGGACUAUCAGUGACUGGCGGGCUCCUCGUGGGGCUCGCUUACGCGGACUCUAACUUAUUUACUACGUAUCUCUUUGGUUUGUAAAAAUGUCCAUUUUAUGUAAAAAAUAGGUAUAAAUUUAGAUUAAGUUUUUUUUGUCACGACGAUCCCUUUUUUUAAUUGUACAAAAAAAAAAAGAAAAGAAAAGAAAGAAAAUAACGAUAAAAGACUAGAACACUGCGUAAAGAGAAUAAACCAACAGAGGAAGAACACACACAUCUUAGAUAUGCAUUGAAGAAAACCAAACUUAAAAAUAGAAAGAGAGAUUUUUCAGAACAAAACAACAAGCUGUGCGAGGAGACACAUUGUCGUCGAUUAGAAUGGCAAUAAGCAUUAUUUUACAAGAAAAAUGAAACCAUAUAUAAAUAAUUGAAGAAACAAGAAAAGAGUAUGAAUGAGACAUAAAAAACACACACAGAGAGGGGGAAUAGUAAAGAAGAAACAAAAUGAUUUUUUUAAAAUAAUUCAAAAUAUAUAAACAGUGUGUUUGUAUUCAUGAAGUGGUGAUGUUUAGAGCCUGCGACCUGGGUCAGAGUGUGGGCGACGUCGGAGACGACGGAAUCUCCUCCCUUCUUCACUCAACGUGCGCAUCGACAAGGAACGAAUCCCAUCAUCAACAUGUUCGUCGUCGUCAAAGCCGCAGUUCAUCAUCAUCAUCUUCAUCGUCGAACUCCACCACAACACACACAUUCACUAGAGAGUAUACACAGCUCACGCCCCCCGUAGCACCCUGACCCAGGUCUCUGCGUACCUGUUUCUGCGACUCCAACUGACCAAGACCCUGCCGCCAUCGCCGCCUCCACCCCCACACCAACGACACCGGACCUCUUCAAAACAAAAGAAACAUACAACAACAACAGUAGACAUAUGACCGACGUUCAAUGAUGAUCGCCGCCUCUCAUUACUUAUAUAUUUUUUUUUUGCGAUUGAAAAAAGAUGUGCGUUGAUCGUGCAUCCAUAUCAUCAUCUCACCUAAGCAAGCCCGGGUCUCGAUCUGUUGAGAGCGCCCCUUUGUAAUAAUACCUUUAACAAGAAAGAAAAAAAAAUCAAACAAAAAAAAA